AUGUCGCAGCCUCAAGUAACGCCCAUGGCCACGGUCAACGACCUCGUCUCGGCCUACCCGCGCGACCUCAAGCGUCCUAAGCUGCGCGUAGCCAUCAUCACCGAGAACUUCCUACCCAAAGUCGACGGAGUCACUCGAACGCUCGCCCGUCUGCUCGAGCAUCUCAACGCGGAAGGUCACGAAGCCAUGGUGCUUGGUCCCGAAACCGGCAUCCGUCACUACGCCGGCCAUCCCGUAGUCGGAACCUUCGGCAUCCCCCUCAUCAUCUACCCGGGUCUCAAACUCAACUUCAUGCGCCCGCGCUUCGUUCGUCGUCUGCAACAGUUCAAACCGGACAUCAUCCAUUUCGUCGAUCCCAUCUGGCUCGGUGCACAGAUGCUUCCCACAGUCCAGAAGUAUCUGCCCGAAGUCCCCUGCGUUAGCUCGUACCAUACGAACCUGCCUACGUACGCGACGCUGUUCGGUAUGCCUUGGUUGGAGAGGACGAUGUGGAACUUGACCCGGAAUCUGCACGAUCGGUGCGAGAUGGUCUUCUGUCCUUCCGAGACGACGCGCCGGAUGUUGCGCGGCAAAGGGUUCACCAACGUGGAGAUCUGGUCGAGGGGGGUGGAUACGGAGCUGUUCAACCCGCAGGCGAGGGAUGAGAAUCUGCGCGAGAGCUGGGGAUGCACGCCCAAACCGGCGAGUUUGCGAUUGCCGUUGAGCCCGAGUGUGGCGGCGGCGGAUGCGACGACGAUGUUUGGCAGCGAACACGCAGCCUUAUCGCAUCUGGCAGGCAAGUUGGGGGUCAAGAUUGUGAGGAAAGAGGGGGAUGAGAGCUUCAUUCGAACUCCACCGACCAACCCGGUUUCGCCAGAGUGCGCCUUCACCCCUCCUCCGGCGUACGACGACCUUACCGGGCUGCCGGAUCUGCCGAGCGGAUUCCUUCUUCCUCCUCCCGCACUGCCGGCGUCCACACUCACGGCAAUCCCACCGACGCUGAGGGUCAGCCCCGAACCGGCUUCAAGCAAAACAGUCGUGCUGUACGUCGGCCGCAUCAGCUGGGAGAAGAACCUCCGUCUGCUGAUCGAGGCGUUCCACCUGCUCCCCACAUCGGUGCGCUCCAAGGCCAAGUUGGUGUUCGUCGGCGAUGGACCGGCGCGCGGCGACCUCACGAGGUUGUGCAACAAGCUCGAGCUGGACGCCUCGUUCAUGGGGCACCAGAAAGGUUCCCGGCUCGCAGCCAUGUAUGCGAGUGCUAGUAUCUUUGCCUUCCCGAGCUUUACCGAGACGUUUGGGCAGGUGGUGCUCGAGGCGUUGGCGAGUGGAUUGCCAGUGGUGGGCAUGCAUGCGGAGGGCACGAGUGAUCUGGUUGUCCAUGGAAGGACGGGGUUGUUGCUGGACGUGAAUGCUGUUGCCAAAUCGGCGACGGUGGGUGGGAGUCGACCGGCGACGCCGGGCGCUCCAAAGAACCGUGGUGCUAUCGCAACCGAGUUCGCCAACGCAGCAUCCAGUGCAGCUUUCAACCUCCCCCCCUCCCCCUCGUCCCCUUCCAAACCAGCUCAGACGCAGGACCAAGUCGGCCUCCCUACCCCCAUCCCAACCACCCUCGACUUCAAAGCGUCCAUGACCCCCAACACGCCCUGGUUCCAACAGUGCGCCAAAUCCUACUCGAUGCUCCUCGAGCGUCUCAUCCUGGAUCGUCAAACGCGUGCGCUCAUGGGCCAACGCGCCGUGCUCACCGCCUCCCGAAAGACGUGGUGGGACGCCAUGGACGCCCCUGUUCGCGGCUACGAGAGCGUCAUCGCCCAAUGCGGAACGACCAACCUCAACGACGACGAGCUCGAGGCAUGGCGGAACAGGCAACGCCGCAACGCCCCUCUCACCGGUCCCCGCGUCAAAACCGCCAUCGCCCUCCUGGUCCUCCUGUUCGCUUGGCUCCUCUCCCUCCUCUUCCACUCCAAGUAG